AGAGGGGGGUGAGUGAAACGCACAAAGUCAAAGCAUAAAAGCAGAGAAGGAGAAGGUAACAAAAGAAAAAGUGCAAAAUACAAAUUUUAUAUUCUGCAUAAAGUACGUUUAAUUCGCGAGUAUUGUGUGCAUGUGAGGAAUGAGAAAAGGCAAACGGUUGCUGUAGAACUACGAUUAAAUCUAUUAAAUUGUGCCUCUGCUGCCUGCCGCCCCCUCCACCCAACAAACAUACACACAAAGCAAAGCAACAGUAGUAACAACAACAACAACAAAGCAAUAGCAAUCAUAAAUUGUGUGUGUGUGUGUGUGUGACCAUGAACAACGGAUUCAGCACCGGUGAGGAGGACUCACGAGGCGGCCAUACCGACCAAACAUGCUGCCUGAUCGACGACAUGGAACGUUGCCGAAAUCAAGCUGGCUAUGCCAGCUAUAGCAAACGUAUACAGAAAACAGUGGCGCAGAAACGCCUCAAGCUAAGCAGCGAUCCAAGUGCGCAGCACAUUUACAUUUGCGAUUAUCAUAAGGCAAGAAUACAAUCGGUGCGCACGAAACGUCGUCGCAAGGACAGCGAGGAUGAUAGCAAUGAGACGGAUACGGAUCUGCAUGAGUUUCCCGAUCUCUAUCAGCUGCAUGUGUCCACGCUGCGUCGCUACAAGCGCCACUUUAAGGUGCAGACGCGGCAGGGCAUGAAACGUGCCCAGUUGGCGGAUACCAUUAUGAAGCAUUUCAAGACAAUACCCAUCAAGGAGAAGGAGAUUAUUACGUUUUUCGUGUAUAUGGUGAAAAUGGGCUCCAAUAAAUUAGACCAAAAGAAUGGUAUCGGCAAUGAUACCACUUGAACGCAACUCUUGCGGCAGCGACGCUAUCGAUAUCGUUAUCGCUAUCGCAAUCGUUAUUGAUGCCGGCUGUCCCAACACAGCUACAAUACAGCGCUAUCGCUGUGCUGCUCUCACCACACACCACGACACGAAAUAACAACAAACAGACAAGGAAACACAAUCAAAAAUCACAGCAACAAAAAAAAAAAAACAGAAAAA